CUCAAUGUAACGCUGUCCCUCUCAUGCUCUUUCCGCACUCCUUCCUCUCUGGACCGCACUGCGAUUGUAUAAGAGCACAAGCAAAGCCUUCAUCAUUUGUUUCCAUCACCAACACCACCAUAGUUGCAAGCCCAUUUAAAUUCCUUCCUUUCCCUACCCCGUAUCUCUCCUCACCAUACACCCCAUGGAGAGGUGAGAGAGAAUAAAAGAUAAAGGAAAGAAGAGGCCAGAGAGAUCGGAGUUUAGGACAAGCUUGAAGCAAUCCUUGAACUGCACAUAUUUUUCUCUCUUGCACCUCUCGAUCUCCGUCCCCCUAGUCCAUCCUUUUCACCAAGAUGACUUUAGACACCGCAGCCUUUGCUCUCUUAUGUUGUCUUUCAAUCUCCAUCUUCGUUGGUGCCGAGAGUCCGUAUAGAUUUUUCACUUGGAAUGUUACUUUUGGAGACAUAUACCCCCUUGGUGUAAGGCAGCAGGGGAUACUGAUCAAUGGGCAAUUCCCGGGACCAGAUAUCUACUCGGUCUCCAACGACAAUCUCAUCAUCAACGUGCACAAUAGCUUGACCGAGCCCUUCCUCAUCUCAUGGAAUGGAGUGCAGCAAAGGAGAAACUCAUGGGAGGAUGGGGUCUCAGGAACCAACUGCCCAAUUCCACCAGGGAAGAACUUCACCUACAUUUUGCAGGCGAAGGACCAAAUUGGCAGCUUCUUCUACUUCCCCUCACUCUACUUCCACAAGGCGGCCGGCGGCUUCGGCGGUUUUCGAAUCCUCAGCCGGCCUCUCAUCCCUGUCCCCUUUCCGGAGCCCGCCGGUGACUACACCGUCCUCAUCGGCGAUUGGUACAAGGCCAAUCAUAAAGUUUUGAGAGCCAGGCUAGACCGUGGCAAGAAGCUUGCUUUCCCGGAUGGCAUUCUCAUUAACGGCCGUGGCCCCAACGGCGCUUCUUUUACAGUUGAUCAAGGCAAGAUUUACAGGCUUCGGAUCUCAAAUGUUGGGCUCCAACAUUCACUCAACAUUCGAAUCCAAGGUCAUAAAAUGAAGCUGGUGGAGGUGGAGGGCACUCACACUCUCCAGAACACAUACUCCUCCAUCGACAUCCAUGUUGGCCAGUCGGUAUCGGUUCUCAUCACCGCCGACCAGCCGCCUAAGGAUUACUAUGUCGCCGUCUCCACUCGUUUCACCACCACCACCCUAACAACCACUGCUGUUCUUCAUUACAGCAACUCCAGGGAGAAAGUUUCUGGCCCAAUUCCAGGUGGGCCCACCACCCAGAUCGACUGGUCUCUUAAUCAGGGCCGUUCAUUCCGGACCAACCUCACUGCAAGUGGACCAAGGCCAAACCCCCAAGGUUCAUACCACUAUGGCAUGAUCAAUGUCACUCGCACCAUAAGGCUCGCCAACUCGGCCGCCCAAGUGAACGGCAAGCAACGUUACGCAGUCAACAGCGUGUCCUACGUCGAGCCGGACACCCCCUUAAAACUUGCGGACCACUUCAAGAUUGGAGGAGUUUUCCGGCUUGGAAGCAUCUCCGACAACCCCACAGGUACAAAGGUGUACCUCGACACCUCGGUCAUGGCUGCCGACUUCCGAACAUUCGUAGAGAUUGUGUUCGAAAACAAGGAGAGCAUUGUCCAGAGCUGGCACCUUGAUGGCUAUAACUUCUGGGUCGUGGGGAUGGAUGGUGGGAAAUGGAGUCCAGCUAGUCGAAAAGGUUACAAUCUUAGAGAUGCAGUAUCUCGCUGCACUGCCCAAGUAUAUCCUAGGUCAUGGACUGCAGUGUAUGUUAUGCUUGACAAUGUGGGGAUGUGGAACGUGAGGACUGAGUUCUGGUCACGUCGAUAUCUUGGGCAGCAAUUUUAUCUACGUGUAUACUCUCCACUCGAAUCAAUAAGGGAUGAGUAUCCUAUCCCCAAGAAUGCCCUUCUCUGUGGCAAGGCAACUGGCCGAUACACUCGCCCUCUCUAAACUUGGCCAUAGAAGAUGAGAUAAUACUCGACUGAAAAGAAAAUAUAUGGACCCCAUACAUAAUUAAUCAUAUGUUUUUUAGCAUCAAAUCAAAGUAUAGAUGAGGUGGCUGCCUUCUCUUCCUAAAGGAAAUCAUGGAUACCUAUUUCAUUACCUUAAUGAAAUUCUAUUUACUUUUCUCAAAAAGAAAAAAAAUCUAUUGAAUUUA